AUUAAAUAAAAUAAAAUUCUAAAAAGCCAGACACUAAGAAGAAAAAUCAGGUACAUGCUUGGUGUCUGUGUUCCUGAGUCUUGGCUCUUUGUUGCCCAGGCUUACUUUACUUUACUUGGGGUAAGGGGUAACCAGGGGUGGACUGACCAUUUGGAAACUCAGGCACUGCCCGAGGGCCCGGGGUCAGUAGGGGGCCCCAUGAGAUACCCCUGGUACCUUUUUCAUAGGCUUUUUUGAGUUUGGGCAAGGACACAGGGGCCCCAUGAUCCCCUAUUGCUCGGGAGCCCCAUGAGUUGUCAGUUCGCCCCUG